AUGGCCGAAGAGAUGAACCUCCAAAACCAUAGCCCCGAAGUCAAAGAACCCACCCCAGAAAUCCGGAGACUUGACCCUGAAAAUGGCUUGAUCCAACCCGCCACCGCCCCAUUUUUCCGAGUCAAAAAGCUCUCUGACAAAGCAGUUUUGCCCUCUAGAGCUUCUCCCCUCUCUGCUGGCUAUGAUCUCUCCAGUGCUGCUGAAAUAAAAGUGCCCGCCCGAGGCAAAGCUUUGAUCCCGACUGAUUUGAGCAUUGCCGUCCCUGAAGGAACCUAUGCCCGUGUUGCGCCGCGGUCGGGAUUGACAUGGAAGAAUUCAAUUGAUGUUGGAGCUGGAGUGAUAGAUGCAGAUUACAGGGGUCCAGUUGGGGUGAUUUUGUUCAACCAUUCUGAUGUUGACUUUGAGGUGAAGCCCGGUGACAGAAUUGCACAGCUGAUUAUUGGGAAAAUUGUGACGCCGGAGGUGGAAGAAGUUGAUGAUCUGGAUACCACUGUCAGGGGAGCUGGAGGUUUUGGAUCAACUGGGGUUUAGAGCAUUCAGGAAUCCAGACAAGUAUUACUGAUGGUAGAUAAUGACUAGUAGGAAAAGGUGGUUUUCUUAUAUUAUUUUGUUUUAUAUUUGGUAUCAGGGAUUAAGGGUGAAGAUGGAUUGCUCUCCAAUAUUCUAUGGAAAAUCACAUGUUUAUCUAGUACUGUGGCUGCCUGUUCCUGAAGAGCUAGUAUGUUG